AUGCGGCGCUACUCGGUGCAGAAGAAGCUCAACUGGACUCAGUCGCCGUGGAGACAGUGCGCCUUCAACGACAAAUUUACCAUGGACGGAGACGAACCAAUCAUCGCCCUUCUCGGAGGACUGCAGAGUGGACUGCCCCAAAUGGUGGCCACGGGUGGCCUAGACCUCCGGCAGGCCUACCUGAAGCUCAAGCGGCCCUCCAAGUGUUGCUUCGCGUACAACCUCUCGACUCUGCAGUGGCGUAGGAUAGCCAACCUGAAACUGGGACGCGUCUUCCACAUGCUGGUCGCUCACGAAGGAAUCAUCUACGCCAUUGGAGGACAAGGCAACGAUGACGCGCUCCUGGGCUCCGUGGAAUGCUACGACCCGGAGCAGGACUGGUGGCACGUGAUCCAGGGCCACCUGUGCUGCCCGCGCAUGGCGGCCGCAGCAGCCGUCACCAAGCAGGGUUCCGUCGUCAUCGCCGGCGGCGCGACGAGGGCCGACCGUGCUUCCAAGAAGGUCUACCUCACCAGCGACGUCUGCAUGCUCCACCUGCCGGACCUCACGUGA